GAAGAAAGUUCGCGUGCCCGUCUGUGUUUACGUGCGUGCGUGCGCGCGCCUGCGCGACAGUUCCUGAGGACUGCCGCUCGGAUACCGGGAUGUCGGUGGCGUUUGUGCCAGAGCGGCUGAGGGGGAAGGCGGAAGUUAAUCAGGAGACCAUCCAGCGGUUGCUGGAGGAAAAUGACCAGCUGAUCCGGUGCAUUGUGGAGUACCAGAACAAGGGUCGGGCUGCAGAGUGCACACAGUACCAGCAUGUACUGCACAGAAAUCUCAUUUAUUUAGCUACCAUUGCAGAUGCCAGCCCAGCAAAUGCUCCCAAAACAGUGGAUUGAUUGAUUAGUCCUUGCUCUUUGCCAUAUUGUGAGUAUGUAUCCCCUUCAAAUAAAUGGAGCCAUGACUUUUGCCAAGUUGUUCAAGUUGCACCUGGGAAACCAUACUUCAGGCCCAUUUUCAAGAGCGAAGUGUUCGAGCAAAACAUUAAGAGCAACUGGAUUUUAAAUGUCACUUUUCAUCACUCAGCACAUCUCUCUAAGCAUUUGUCACCCAGCAGCACAUCGUUUUUCUGAAUUGCCAUCUUUGGGGGACAAAAACCAUCAGGAUACCCUUUCAGAGCUUACAUCCCAGGCUGUCGGCAUAAAGGAGACUGAGAGGGGAUAGCCGGCGUGACAUUUCCCAGCAGUACCCUGUUAUGUAUGUACAUAUAAAUGUAAUUGUUUAUUAAAGUUAUGGUUCUCUGAAAGUGUUUUCUUAAAAUCUCAGUGAAAUACUACUUGUUGAAGAUUGAAGACUGUUGGGAGCUGUGGAACUCUAUUUGCAAUAAACAUUCCAUUCG